AUGGCAGACCCUGACGUGCAACAAGAGACGCGCCAGUCUGCCAAAGACUCCAUCAAGUUCUCCAUCAAGAACCUGCUCAGCAUCGACGAUCACCACGGCAACAGCAAGCCCACCAGGCCCAGAGGCUUCUUGGAAGGCAGCUUCUUCUCCCGCCUGGCUGAUUUAUCGCUACCCCGCCUGGAGCUGCCCUCACAGCGGCUUGGUCUGCCCUCAGCGUCUCCUUGGUGGUAUCCUUACAUGCUUGGUGCUCAUCUCAAGGCUCGAGGUUCAGAUAAGGAUGAGCUGUUGUUGCACGACGGACCCUCGCCCGAACCCCCGAAAAGCGAACCGGACGCCAAAGAGGAAAGCGCAGAUGACGACGAAAGUGACCCGGAGGAGCCAAAGAAGGACGCCGAUCCCGGCGAGGACGACUGGCGAAAGAAGCCCGACGACUGUGACGGGAAGCCGUGCAGGAAGAAGAAGACUCGCACCGUGUUCUCCAGGAGCCAGGUGUUCCAGCUGGAGUCCACCUUCGACAUCAAGCGCUACCUGAGCAGCUCGGAGCGCGCCGGCCUGGCCGCCUCGCUGCGCUUGAGCGAGACUCAGGUGAAGAUCUGGUUCCAGAACCGCAGGAACAAGUGGAAGAGGCAGCUGGCCGCCGAACUGGAGUCGGCCAACCUGAGCCACGCGGCGGCGCAGAGGAUGGUGCGGGUGCCCAUCCUCUACCACGACCACGGAGCUCCGGAGGCCAGCGGAAGCGCGCCGGGGAGCUCGCCCGGCGGCCAGGCGCCCAUCCUGGCCUUUUCUCACCACAUGUACUACCCCCACCCGGUUCCGCUACUGAGGCCUGUUUAA